GAUUUAGGGAACCGGUUUAUCUGACCCUAGCAUCACAUCGAUUUUAUGAUCUCAGACGCGAUGAUGAAAAUGAUGAUGAUCUGUAUGUAUACACAACAAUGUAAAUUAAUUCAAUUUAAAAUCUGCCAAUUGCAUUUAACCAACAGUUUAGAAGAGGAAAAACAAACGGGGAAAAAUAUCUAAUAUUGUAAAGCUACAUACUUCGCAUCGCCAUCGUUGUCACACUUUGACUAGACUUUUAAAUCCCCAUGCAUGCAUCACACUUUUUGACACAUAUUUACUUAGUUUUCCCCGGCUGAGGGAUUUCCUUGACCCGAAUUUGCGGUCUGUUAAUUAGUGAGCAUGUGAAAAAGGUGGUGAAAAAUUGUCAUCCUACAAAAUUUCAAACCCUUUAAAAAGUUAUAUCGUGUGGUGUGCAUCCCAAGAAUGAAGGGACUCCGUUGGUGGUGGCAUUUCCGGAUUCAUGAGCUGAUAAAAAUCCAGCUCUUUUUACUCAUAAUUAUCACAACUUGCCUUAUCGAAGACUUGUCAUGUGCCGACUCCUCUUCUUCAGGGAAAAGUAUCCCUUUCACCGGACUGAUAAUGGACCGGCCAAAAAUUCGCGUCUCCUCAUACCGACUACAGAACCUGAACCCCAACAGGAUCAUGGAGGAAGGCGUCGCUUGUGGCGAGGGAAAUAAUUGUGACGACCUGAUAAAAAUUGGUGGUGGUGACGAAGCAAAAAACAGGCUGGGUCAGGAUACCGAUGAAAUCAAGGAGUGGUCCGUGCCACCAAACGCGACACAAGUGACCUUACAAUGUUCCAGUAAAAGUGGCCCGAUCGAAUGGGAUUAUCAGGGAAAAGGGAAAUUUCCCCAACUUGAGAUAACCAGUAGACGAAUAACGGGAGAUUUCUGGAGCCCUACGACUUACCUGCAUCAAUCGGAUAUCACUUUUAACAAGAUUAGUGACCAGCUCACGGGGACGUUUGUGUGCCGGAGUGUGGAAAAGCCGUCUUUGUCGAAUUCCUUUUAUAUGUUUGUCCCACAGGAACGACGCCCAAUCUUUGAGAAGGAGAAUGUCUUCAUACUGACACCGGCAAGCCGUUCAUCCUCGGUUGUGAUCCCGUGUCGCGUGGAGGAUAGGGAGAGCUCGAUUCAUUUGUACAAAAAAAUGGGCGAUGGAUCUCUCAAAAGAAUGAACAUGGAUUCCUCCCUUUCAAUGAAAUUCAACCCCUAUGUCGGUUUCGAGGUAGAACUCUCCCCAGAAAUUUAUGGACACUACGUUUGCAAAGUUGACAAAAAAGAGACGAACCUCAAGAAGAAGAAAAUUUACGGUGACGAAGAAGACGAAAAAGACGAGUCGGAUGCCCGAAAAGUGCGAGUUAGACGCUACGCAGUGCAACAAGUAGAAACGUCAACGUCACCGGGAUUCUCUGCAUUUCCGACGAGUGAAGAAAUUGCGGCGGAAUAUGGGAUGCCACUUAUCGAUCCGGAAGAGGUUUCUAUAACCUACUCCGAGUCUGAAAUUGAGCGACGAAAUCGACUCCGGCGGAGGGGAGGAAAAAAUAAAAAUGGGCCAGAGGGGACCACCCCCACCAAAUUUGCAACUUCAUCCCCACUCCUCGUACAAUAA